GCGCCCUGCCGCCUGGCCGCGUCUGCCUCGCCGCCUCCUCCUGUAACCUGUGCAGGAUCCUGGGAGGGUGGUGGUGGUGGGGGGUUUCCGAUGCUUUGAGCCUUCCGCGGUUCGAUAGUUCCUGGAGCACCCCUGAAACUGACAGGCCUCCAGAAUCAUGUGGUAUGUCAGCACCCGAGGGAUGGCCCCACGGGUGGACUUUGAGGGGGCGCUCUUCUCUGGCUAUGCACCCGACGGAGGCCUCUUCAUGCCCGAGGAACUCCCGAAGCUGGACAAAGAGACCCUGUGUCGGUGGAGCACGCUCUCCUAUCCUGGCCUGGUGAAGGAGCUGUGUGCCCUCUUCAUCGGCCCUGAGCUCAUUCCAAGAGAUGACUUAAAUGAUCUGAUCGACCAAGCUUUCAGCAGGUUCCGCCACAGAGAAGUGGUCCAUCUGUCCAAGCUGAGGAGUGGGCUGAGCAUGCUGGAGCUGUGGCAUGGGCCCACAUAUGCAUUUAAGGACCUGUCUCUGAGCUGCACCGCACGGUUCCUGCAGUACUUCCUGGAGAAGCGAGAGCGGCACGUGACCGUGGUGGUAGGAACUUCUGGGGAUACAGGGAGUGCUGCCAUUGAGAGUGUUCAAGGGGCAAAGAACGUGGACAUCAUCGUCCUGCUGCCCAAAGGUCACUGCUCGAAGAUUCAGGAGCUCCAGAUGACAACCGUGCUGAAGGAGAACGUGCACGUGUUUGGAGCGGAGGGGAACAGUGACGAGCUCGAUGAGCCGAUCAAGGCUGUGUUUGCUGAUGUGGCUUUUGUCAAGAAGCACAAUCUGAUGAGCCUGAACUCCAUCAACUGGUCCCGGGUCCUUGUGCAAAUGGCCCACCACUUCUUCGCUUACUUCCGGUGCACACCCUCCUUGGACAUGCAACCCCUGCCCGCUGUGGAGGUGGUUGUGCCCACAGGGGCUGCUGGUAACCUCGCAGCUGGGUGCAUUGCUCAAAAGAUGGGGCUGCCCCUCCACCUGGUUGUGGCAGUGAACCACAAUGACAUCAUCCACAGAACUGUCCAGCAGGGAGACUUCUCUUUAUCUGCAGCUGUCAAGCCAACCUUGGCAUCAGCAAUGGACAUUCAGGUGCCUUACAACAUGGAGAGGAUCUUCUGGCUGCUCUCCGGCUCCAACAGCCAAGUGACGAGAGCCCUCAUGGAGCAGUUUGAAAGGACCCAAAGUGUGACUUUGCCUGAGGAACUACAGAGCACGCUUUCAGAGGCAGUGGCGUCUGUGUCCGUGUCAGACAAGGCCAUCACUGAGACCAUGGGCCGCUGCUGGACUGAGAAUCGGUACUUGCUGUGCCCUCACUCGGCCGUGGCCGCGAGCUACCAUUACCAGCAGGUGGACAAGCAGCCCAGUGCUAUGCGGUGCUGCCUGGCGCCCGCCUCUGCAGCCAAGUUCCCAGAAGCUGUCCUGGCUGCUGGGCUGACCCCGGAGACGCCUGUGGACAUCCAAGCCCUGGAGUGCAAGGAGACACGCUGCACCCCAAUGCGGAGAGGUGACGACUGGACCCUGAUGCUUCGGGACACAAUUGAGACCGCGAGCCAGCGGUGGAAGGAUCGUGUCCUGAAUGCCUCUGAAUAGUCAGCCUGGAGUCGGCUUCCAGUCCCAGGGCAGUGGACGCAGAGCUGCCUGUGCCACAAAGAGCUGGCAUGGGAGGGUCAGACAGUGGUAAAAAGUGACGCUCUGGGAGGCCGACCCACGUGGGAAGGUCCUGGGCUGGCAUCCGACCUCUCUAAGUGCACCAGGCCUGUGUGUGCCCACGGUCUGGGCUGGCUGAGGCUGGGGGAGGAUCAGGGCAUCGAGACCUUGUUAGAAGUGGUGUCUCCCACUCUCUUUCUCCCUCUGCGUCUCUCUCACUCAUGGAAUAAAUAAACUUAAACAACAAUA